CUUCUAUGUACAGGAAGUGACGUAAGGGCAUAUCCUGCUGGAUAAUGGCCGCCCGAGAAAGGCAGUAUUAGUUUGUUUAUCUUGUACUACUAAAAAUAUUACAACAAUAAAAAAACAAACUAACAAAAAAAUAACCGAUCACAAGCAAACGGAUUUCCAGCCAAAUACGGAAAAGCGAAGCAGCGAUUAAACGGACAGUGGGAUUAAAAUACACCAAGGACUGUGGUUUCAAACACGUUGACAGAAAUCGGAUAUUAAAUAUUAAUAUUCAUAUAAUCAUAUCUACAACUAAUACCUUCAAAAGGUACAGUGGUGACUCCAGGAUUCUGAUACUAUUACUGAAGACGCCCAGCGUGCAGGAGGAUCGCACCACUUUGACCAUGGCCACCCCAGCCAGCGCUCAGAACCCCAGUAAAACGUGGGAGCUCAGUCUGUACGAGCUCCACAGGACGCCUCAGGUUUGUAUUACCGCUGACAAGCCCACUGCACAGGUGUGUACCAGGGAGGCGGUCAUGGACGGCACUGAGAUCGCGGUGUCCCCACGCAGCCUGCACAGCGAGCUCAUGUGCCCCAUCUGCCUGGACAUGCUGAAGAACACCAUGACCACCAAGGAGUGCCUGCACCGCUUCUGCUCCGACUGCAUCGUCACCGCACUGCGCAGCGGUAACAAGGAGUGUCCAACGUGUCGUAAAAAGCUUGUCUCGAAACGCUCCCUACGCCCUGACCCGAACUUCGACGCCCUCAUCUCCAAGAUCUACCCGAGCCGGGACGAGUACGAGGCGCACCAGGACAGAGUGCUGGCUAGGCUGAGCCGGCUGCACAACCAGCAGGCCCUGAGCUCCAGCAUCGAGGAGGGGCUCAAGAUGCAGGCCAUGCACAGAGCACAGCGCGUGCGGAAGCAUCAGCAGGAGUCUGACAACACCACGUUCAGCGGCGCGGAGGACAACUGUGACAGCCGCUCCCAUCUGAGCCACGGCUCCACCCACAGCGCUGCCCAGGAGGCGGGGCCCAGUCGCAAGCGCUCCAAGGCCUCUGACGAGUCCUGCCCUGACCUCGACCAGUCACACGAGGGGGGCGUGACCAGCCCCCACGAAUCAUCCAGCUCUGAGAUUGAACUGGUCUUCAGGCCACACCCCCUACUGGUGGACAAGGAUCAGUACUCGCAGACCAGGUAUGUGAAGACCACAGCCAACGCCACAGUUGACCACCUGUCCAAGUACCUGGCCCUGCGCAUUGCCCUGGAGGAGCAGCAGAGGGCGCUGGAGAGCAGUGCUGGGGGCGGGGCCGUCAGCCUGGAGGAAGUGAGCGAGAAGCAGUACACCAUCUACAUCACCACCUCCGGAGGCCAGUUCACUACACUGAAUGGAUCCCUGACGCUGGAACUUGUCAACGAAAAAUACUGGAAAGUGAGCAAGCCCCUCGAACUGUACUACGCCCCCACUAAAGAGCAGAAGUGAUGGGCAGAGGCGUGCACACCCCCCCUUCCCUUCCUCCCUGCUUCCCUCUCCCUCUCUUACCUUUCUCGCUCGUACGCAAGCACUCACUCACUGCCGCUCUCAAAAUGAAACAGAAACACACACAUGCAAAACUCGGGCAAGCACUCACUCACUGACACACUCAAAAUGAAACGGAAACACAGGCAUGCAAAACUCGGGCAACCACUCACUCGCUGACACACUCAAAAUGAAACGGAAACACACACAUGCAAAACUCGGGCAAGCACUCACUCAUUGACACACUCAAAAUGAAACGGAAACACACACAUGCAAAACUCGGGAGAAAGACUGUGUUUAAAAACCCAGCGGAAGGAUCUUCAGUGGAAGAGCUGCGUUUUGGGGUUUCUGUUUUUUUUUUUGGAAGACUGAGGACUGAAGUUUUGUAUUCCUGUUAUUAAGACUCUUUGACCACAACUACUGUUUGCGUGUGACUGUCUGUUUUUUUGUUAAAUAUAUAUUUAAUUCUUCUUCCCUUUCUUUCACAAAUUGAUUUGACCUGUUUCUAGUAACAUACAGGCUGUUACAGUGAUGGCCGUGUUUUCAUGAUGUGAAGAGAAUUGGAGUCUUGAGUCACUCCAGGGCUGGAUAUAAGAAACCCAUUCCGUAGCACUUCCACUUACUGUUGGGUAACUGGACUUCUGUUCCAUUACAGGUUUUAAUUGAAACUAGAUUUAAGGCUAUGCAGGCUUUACCUUGUUAAUUAUUACCUUAACUUUUUAUAUGGAAAAAUAAUAUUGCUAUGUAUCUAGGCAACAUCCUUUGUAAAAAAUAAAAUAAAAUAAAAAAUACAUCACAUACCUGUGCCAUGCAAAUAGACUUUUGAUGGUGGCUUUUAUGUGUGUGUACAUGCAGCAUCCACGGGUAUUGCAUGGUAAAUAAGUUACUAUUAUGAAUAAUAAUAAGACUCCCAUUGCAAAGCAGUUUGAGCCAGUCCAGGUUUUACAUUCAUUCUGUGAACUUAAUAAUAUUAAUAAAAACUCCAAUUGCAGAGCAGUUUAAACCAGGUUUUACUUGUGAGUUAAAUUAACACUGUAAAGUUCAUUUUCAACAACAAAAAAUGUAAGUGCUUGAGAUGUGUCUGCAAAUGUAAACCUGGCACAUUGAAAUACGCAGGGUGAUUCAUAAUUGGCACAACGUUGAGGGAGCACCAUGGAAACUGGAGGGUAUGUGGAGGGUGAGACGCAAAGGAACAUGUCUGACAGACACUCUGUGACACUCGUUUGGCCACCAGGGACCUGUUCAAUAAACAUUUCGGUAGAAUGAAAUCAAUGCAAAAUAAUGUUGCACGAAUUAUGAAUCACGCUAUGUACAGUGCCUAUAGUAAGUAUUCACCCCCCUUGGACGUUUUCAGUUUGUUGUGUUACAACCUGAAAUCUUGAUGCAUUUAAUUUUUUUUUUUUUUUUUUUUUUGAUUUACACAACC